GGCACGGCACGACACGCCACCACCCUACUCUCCGCACUGCUACGCUACUAUUAUUACUACUACUACACUACUACUACUACACUACUACUAUUACUAUUAGAAUCGCUAGCUAGCUAGCUAGUAGCUAGCAAGUAGCAGCAGCAGCAGCAGCAGCAGUAGCAGUAGCAGCAGUAGCAGCAGUAGUAGAUCGCGUCGAAGGAGCACGCUCAGAAGCGCACUCGCCGUCUUUCGACGUCGUCGAAGCGUCGCUCGCGUCGUCGGUGUCAGUCUGGUCCGUGCGCGCGAGUCGAGAGACGCGCUCCGUAAGCACGUCCGAGCUUUUUCGUCCGUUUCUCUACUUUGCUUACUUCCCCUCCCUCUUUUUCUAUAUCUUUCUUUCUCUCAUUCUCUCUUUUUCUCUCUGUCUCUCUCUUUUUCUCUCUGUCUCUCUCUUUCUCUCUGUCUGUCUCUCUCUCUCUCUCUUUCUUUCUCUCUCUCUCUCUCUCUCUCUCUCUCUCUCUCUCUCUCUCUCUCUCUCUGUCUCUCUAUUAUUCAUAUUUCAUUUCUUUUCUUUUAACUUUCUCAUUUAUUCUUCUCGUGUCGCUACCCAAAGUGCGAGGAUGAAUCCGCGUCGAUUCGUUGCAACUACCGAGGCGUAGUCGCUCGAAAAAGAAGAGGAAAAUAAAAAGGAGUGCUUGAGAAAAAGAAAUAAAGGGAAGAAAACUCUCUUUCGAGUUUCUACGUUAAAAUACGAGAAUAUAAGAAGUAAGAAGUAAGAAGAAGACAAAUCGCUAUGGGGAAGGUUUACGAUUCAAGUAGCGAGUGCCGUCGCUGAGAAGAUGCCACCGCGGAAGAAGUACGAGACAUGAAGAGACCGCGACCAAGGGACACGUGGGUUUCUUCGAGCCAGGGCAGGCGGUAGCAGAGCCGUGAUCAAAAUGAACCUGAUAAACAUGGACGCGGAGAACCGCGUGGUUCUUAAUGUGGGUGGGAUCCGGCAUGAAACAUAUAAGGCGACCUUGAAGAAGAUCCCGGCGACGAGGCUCUCGAGGUUGACUGAAGCCCUCGCGAACUACGAUCCGAUCCUCAACGAAUACUUCUUCGAUAGGCACCCGGGAGUCUUCGCUCAGGUUCUCAACUAUUAUCGCACUGGGAAGCUCCAUUAUCCCACAGACGUCUGCGGGCCGCUGUUCGAAGAAGAACUCGACUUUUGGGGUCUGGAUUCCAAUCAAGUCGAACCUUGUUGUUGGAUGACCUAUACCCAGCAUCGGGACACGCAGGAAACGCUGACGGUCCUGGACAGGUUGGAUUUGGACACGGAGAAGCCGACGGACGAGGAACUGGCCAGAAAGUUUGGCUUCGAGGAAGCCUAUUACGAAGGCACUCUCACCUGGUGGCAAAAACUCAAGCCUCAAAUGUGGUCGCUCUUCGACGAACCCUACUCCUCUCCUGCCGCCAAGGUAAUCAGCAUAGUUUCGGUCUUCUUCAUCUGCGUCUCCAUACUGUCAUUCUGCCUGAAGACUCAUCCUGACAUGCGAGUGCCAGUGAUAGUGAAUCGGCCGGUGAAAGCGGGCAACGUGACGACCUGGGUGCUCGACAAAACGCGCACGAACGCCCAUGACGUCUUCUUCUACAUCGAGUGUGUCUGCAACGCUUGGUUUACCCUGGAGUUCCUUAUACGGAUAACAGCGAGUCCAAAUCGUUGCGUCUUUAUAAAAAGUUCGGUCAAUUUGAUCGACAUGGUGGCGACGUUGAGUUUUUACCUCGACUUGGCAUUGCAACGAUUCGCAUCUCAUCUGGAAAACGCGGACUUUCUUGAAUUCUUGAGCAUCAUACGUAUAAUGAGGCUGUUCAAGCUUACCCGUCAUUCGUCCGGCCUGAAGAUUUUGAUCCAAACGUUCCGUGCCUCGGCGAAGGAACUGACCCUGUUGGUAUUCUUUCUUGUCCUCGGCAUCGUGAUAUUCGCAAGUCUGGUGUAUUACGCCGAGAGGACCCAAUCGAAUCCAGAGAACGACUUCAAGAGCAUACCUCUCGGCUUAUGGUGGGCUCUCGUGACAAUGACCACGGUUGGCUACGGGGACAUGGUACCGAAGACGUACGUGGGGAUGUUCGUAGGCGCGCUAUGCGCCCUGGCCGGUGUCCUCACCAUCGCCCUGCCGGUGCCCGUGAUCGUCAGCAACUUUGCGAUGUAUUACAGUCACACGCAGGCGCGAGCCAAGCUACCAAAGAAGAGACGUCGCGUCUUACCGGUCGAACAGCCAAGGGUCAGGGCGCCGGGCGCGCCUCCCGGUGUUGGACCAACUGGCAUUGGUGCUCCUGGCGUCGGCAGUACCGUUGGUGGACCUCCUGGAGUCGGAGGACACGGACCGGCUGGCCAACACGCCACGACCGGUGGGGGCCCUCCGUCCUCUGGCGUCACGCACGGACAGCAACCGGCCGGUGGUUGCCCUCCUCCUCAUCAGGGGCCUCAGAACCGUAGGAUGAACGCCAUCAAGACCAAUCAUCCCAAGGAUCCGUUCGCUACCAAAUCAGACGUGUAGUCGAUUUCCCUUUUUCUCGUACGGUGGGUUCCAGAGGAAGACCGGAGGAACUCUAACCUGCGGACCAACGGGACCAAGACUACCGGAGGCUUGGGUUAAGCCGAUACCAAGGCUACUCUCCACUGCCGAUGCGUUCGCCGAACGGAAGAAGAAGAUAGAGUCGAAGGUUAGAGGGAACAGCUCGUAAGUCCGCUCGAUGAUCGAUAAGCUUUGCGGACAUUUUUACGGCGAGACAGUCGGUGGCUGUCCUCCGGAGCACGAUGUUACUCUCUUUCCCUCUCGCUCGCUCGUUCUCACUCUCUCCCUCUCUUCCUCUCCCUUCUACCAAACCUUUUCUCUCUUUCUCUCAUAAACGUAAAACAAGCACGAUAUGACGUAGGACAUUCGAGCUAGGAUCUCUGAUCGCUUCGCAGUACAAGGAUAUCAAACAAUAUUUACCAAUCUCCUUUAACAUUUUUAUCCCAAACCCUCAUCUUACAAGUAUCACAAAGUUACGAUUCAAUCGAUUUCUUCGUUUUUCCUGUUACCUUUAACCGUAGGAGGUCCUUCUAUUUUCGGUCAGCUUUUCUUUAAGUAACGCGGCGAGCUAGGAAACCGGUAAAUAUAACUCGUAGGAAACGCAACGCUCGUUAAAUAUCGAAGAUAGCUUAUCCUCCACGUUAUAAAAGAUCGAGGUCAGAGGAAAAAGAAGAAGGGAAAAAGGAAAACGUUGAGAAAAAAACCCGUAAUCGUGAGAGACUUUGAAAAGGGUGAACGACGGAUAUGUAAGUCGGAAGAAAAGGAAGGUCGAAAAUUAGAAACGGAUUCUCUUCGUUCGUUUGUUCGUUCGUUGUCGUCCUUUGACUCUUGUUCGCUGAAAUGCACGGAGCUUAUCGAUGUUCCGAUACGCAAAGCUUACGCGUAAGCGGUCGUUUAUACUCAUCCGUUCCGGAAUGCGCGCUACGGCCUAAGGUCGACUCGGAACGUGUAUCGAGCGCUUGAGAUUUUCCAAUAUCAGCAUACUCGUUCGUUCCGUCCGACGCGUUUGCGGACUUCGCCGGCUCGUUGGCCCCAUCCAGAGCAGCGCGAUUUUAGACUUACGAAUACGCUUCGGUACACCUGAAAAAGCAAUGGAUUCUUGAGAUUACAGCGAAUCGAUGUGCAUUCGAGAUAUAUACCCCUAUACGUAUGUAUAUACAUAUAUAUAUAUAUAUAUACACAUAUAUAUACAUAUAUAUAUAUAUAUCUAUAAACAUGUAUAUAUACUAGAGAAAAGAUAGAUCCGGAUCUAAAGUAGGAACCAGACGUAUCUAUCGCUCGGAUUAACUUGUUGAUCGAUAGAAGAGAUGCUUCGAAGGGACCAUGUCAAAAAUAUAUCUCUGUAUGAGUGAAUGCAUGUAUGUGUGUAUGUAUACAAACAUCCUACAUAUCUAUCAAACAGGAUAAUCGUGAUUUUUCAUUUAUACGUUUGCUUUUAACGAACGUCGUUUAACGGCUUAAUGAAUUAAAGUCGGUCUUGUUCUUUUUACGGCGAUAAGCGCUUUAUCAUCCCCAACCGCUUGAAGCGACAUCGGUAAUCGGGUUAGAUUCUAGGGGAUAAUCGAUACCGACGAUCUUUACAUUCUCGACGAAAUGAGUUUUCCUCAAUCACUCUCAUUCUUUUCUUUUUUUUUUUUUUUUUCUUUCUACUUCUUCUUUUUUUUCUUUAUUUUCGCGAUCUGAAAGCGAAAACGGGAACUCUAAAAUUCUUUCUCAGAACUUUAACAAAACGAUCCGUUUCGUUUAUUCUGCUCUUUGACCACAGUCCGAUUAGAUGGUUACACGUUUCGUAGACUCUGUAAACAACUUCGUCGCGCUUGUUUCUAACUAUAGCAGAAAACGUUAGUUCGGAGAAACGUACAGGAGAAACUCUCAUUUUGCGUUUUCUGUUUACGUUUUAUACUCGAGACAAAAAAUUUACUUGGACUAAAGUGUUACGUUUGAGUCAUAAUUAUACGAUUAUUAAAUAAAAUUUCUUAUUUUGUACGCAUGAUAAAAUUUAUCGAUAUACAAUAAUGAACGUAAACAAAAGCAAUGAGAAGAUUCGAUGAAGAAAGAGAGAGAGAGGGAAAGAGAGAGAGAGAGAGAGAGAGAAAGAGAGAGAGAUCAACAGUGGAGUAUAUAAUACGAGAAAGAAUAAAAAUAUGUAUGCGAAGCAUUAAGAGUUUCUAGCGUGUUCCUACGAAACGCAUAUCUUCGCGCGAAACUCAUAUACAACACCGAGCUUAAAAUUCCACAAGCACGUACAUACGUACGUAUGUACAUAUGUAUAUCCUCUGCGCAUCCUGAAUAAGUACUGCCGGGACCAAUCACCAAGCACCUCCUUAUUCUCUUCCAUCCCUAAGACCUCUCCUACCCCUUUCAUUCUUAUUCCCAAUCAUUAAAUUAUUCUCAAAAUAAAGUAAUACAUUGCUCUCUCUCUCUCUCUCUCUCUCUCUCUCCCUCUCUCUCUCUCUUCCUCUUUCUCUUCCUCUAUCUCCUUUUUUCCUCAUAGACAACGAGCAAAUUUACAUGCAUUUAAUGGCAAGGUUGUAUAUGUGUCGUCACACGCACUAAAAAUAGAGAGAGAGAGAGAGAGAGAGAGUGAGAGAGAAUGAGUUAAGAAAUCAAAUCGACGAGCUUAAUUAAACAACGCGUGGAUGUCGUACGAAUGCAAACGCAAAUGAAUAAAAGCAACAACUUCCCUAUCAGAGUUUAAGAAAUCUUUGGCCCUGCAUCGAGUAUGCACUCGAGUGUGUCUUGCAACGGAAUAAAUUCGCUCGGUAUAUUGUGUUCUCUGAGUAUAUUUAUGAUAGCAGCUAUUAUCGAGUCGACUUGAGACGGUAAGCAAGGCACGUCUCCUGAUAUCGACGAAAACGUCGAUGCGAACCGAUCUAAGCGAGUUUUCCGAUUACUUUUCCCUUUGGUCUCUCCUUCUCUCACGAGACAAAGAAGCAAACAAGAACAAUGUCAAUGUUGCCUUGUAAUUCGACCUUGUUGUUGUUGUUAUCCUUGUCUUUGUAGUCUUGUUGUUCAAUGAUCUCUCUAAUGUCUUUUCUUUUUAUGAUCGGUCAAACACUAAACGGGGUAACGUGUAUAUGAUCCGUACAUGCUUGAAGCGGCCGUGAUAUUGCUGCAAGUGAAUUCUCCAGAUUUUCUAAAGUAAUACGAUCUUCGACGGAAUCUUGUGGAACAUUUGAAGAAUAGAAAAUUCGAAAUUCCUUCGUGUCGAAGACUUUGUCGAGCUGACUCGGUCAGUCAAUAAAUUCAAAUCGACAAGCUUUAGAAAUACACUAAAAGAAGGAAAAAGAAGAGAGAGAGAAAGAGAGAGACAGAAAGAAACUAAAUUGGUGCGUUUCAAAUAACCGAGUUAACUCGAUAAGUCUUUUAAAGAACUUUUGCAUUUGUGGGGUGGUUGGACGAAAAGGUAAACGAAAUAAAGAAAUGAAAGAUGAGUUGAAAAGAGAGAGAGAGAGAGAGAGAGAGAGAAAGAGAGAGAGAGAGAAAUGAGAGAGAAAGAGAGACAGAGAAAGAGAAAACAAAUAAAAGAAUGCAUAUCCGCGGCGGGCACAAUAAGCACGCACGCACAACAGUUUUUAAAGAGAAA